GGGGUCGGGGAGCUGUCUUGUCUUGUUGCUGUCUUUCAAUGCGUAACGUUGUUCGUUUUGUAGUAAAAGUGAAGAGACGGGUAACAAACAUAUUUUACUGCACAUACGAAUAAAAAUGAGUUUUAGUGAAAUAUUAAUGUGAAGUAGAGCGUGAAAAGACUUCCAUAAACGAUAUGCAGUGGAAUUUUAAGUCAUAACACUGUUAGUAGAUGUACUAUGUCUUCGACAAUGAGAAUAAAUAAAUAGUUAACGAAUUGAUUGUCUCCUUGAUAUUUGUGGAUUAGGCUAGGACGGGAUUUGCCAGGAUGGGCUUGCUUAUUUCGAAGAUCUGGAGCUUGUUCGGGAACGAGGAACACAAGCUGGUCCUCGUUGGGUUAGACAAUGCUGGUAAGACGACGAUACUGUACCAGUUGCUUUUGGGCGAAGCUGUCCACACCAGGCCCACUAUUGGCUCCAAUGUAGAGGAGGUCGUCUGGAGGAACCUACGUUUCGUUAUGUGGGACCUCGGCGGACAACAGAGCUUGAGAUCAGCAUGGACUACAUAUUACACUAAUAGCGAGUUCGUCAUAAUGGUUAUUGAUUCGACGGAUCGUAACCGACUGAGCAUCAGCCGUGAUGAGCUGCACCAGAUGUUGAAACACGAGGAGCUGAGCAGAGCCUGUCUUCUUGUGUAUGCCAACAAACAGGACGUGAAAGGCUCGAUGACGGCGGCGGAGAUAUCUGAACAGUUGGACCUGACAUCCAUAAAGCAGCACCCCUGGCAUAUACAGGCGUGUUGCGCGCUCACUGGAGAAGGAUUGCACUUAGGCCUAGAAUGGAUUGCGAGUAGAAUAAAGAAGAAAUGACAAGCCGUGUACCUGUGACUAGUAAUUUUAUAAAUAGGCCCAUAAGUACUCUUGUUAAAGUUACAUAUAUUCAAAUUCCUAAUUACUGUUUGCAUUAUAAUUGUCAAAAUAAUUAAUUCUAAUGAGAGACCUAUCUGGAUUACUGUCCGUUGUUUUGAGUGAAUGGGGUAUAAUUAUAUUAUAAUAAAACAAUUUCUUGCAUA